AUGUAUGCUGUCCUUAUCAUGUGUAAAGUUCAUCUGCCUAAAAGCCUAGGAUAAGGCAUCAUAAGAGUCUAGGAUAGCAUUAGGUGCUUGACAAAAAGGAAGAAUGAGCAAUGUUGUCUUGUCUAGGUCAUGAAUCAGUAUUAUGUGGAAGCUGUUCUGUCUGCAGUUUCCUUUUGUCUGUCCUAAUCUCAGUUCGAGGAGGAAACGAGGAGAGCAAACUUGAAAAAAAUUAAAAUAGCCACUUAGUUAGCUAUAUUUCCCCAACAAGCUUGCCAUAUAUUGCCUUUUCCAUGAAGACGCAGCAAAAUUCAUAUAUAUAGGCUGGUGAAGUACUUAGAUUUUUGGGGUUGUUGUUGGUUAUCCUCCAGUUUGUCUCCAGUAAACCAAGCCUAUUGUCUAAGAACCAAAAUACAUAGAACCAGCUAGGAUCUCUUUCUAUUUACCUUGUUAUGGUGUCCGAUAAGAUGGAAGAAUAUCCUCAGUUUCUGACCCUAAAUAUUAUGAACAAAGAAUGGCUAGUAAAUCAUAAAGUCUCAGAGGACACGAAGUUGGAGUUGAGACUUGGUCCUCCAGGGGAAGUACAUGGCUACAACAGCAAUACACCUCAUGGAACAAAGAGAACUUUCCAUCACACAACAGAUGAGACAAUAUGUAGCUCUAAGAUGGCAGUGGGAGAGGUUCAGUUUACCGAUAGGAAAGCAUGUUGUACUCUUGCUACUGCUGAUCCAGACGCCUCGUUGAACAAUACCUCAAAUAAAAGCUCUUCUUACUGCCUUCAAACGAGCAGAAUUGCAUAUUCACCAGUUGUUGGGUGGCCUCCGAUUCGAUCGUCCCGGAAAAAUCUUGCUGGCAACAACUUGUCCAAGCCAGCUUCUGAAUCAUCAAACGACAAGGAAACUGGAGUAAACCCAAAAAAACCCAAAACUCGGUUAUUUGUAAAGAUAAACAUGGAAGGAAUCCCUAUUGGAAGGAAAGUAAAUCUCGGUGCCUAUAACAGCUAUGAGGAGCUCUCACUUGCCAUAGAUGAACUGUUCAGUGGUUUGCUUGCAGCUCAAACAGACCCAUCCACCACCCAAAACGAAAGCACGAUCAAGGAAGUAGCCAAAGCAGAUGCAGGUUCAUUGGCUGCAGGUGGGGAAUAUACUCUAAUUUAUGAAGAUGAUGAAGGAGAUAGGGUCCUUGUUGGAGAUGUCCCAUGGCACAUGUUUGUUUCUACCGCAAAGAGGUUACAUGUAUUGAAGAGUUCUGAAAUUUCAACUCCAUAAAUUUGUAGCAAGGAGAAAGAAAAGCCCCAUUUGAUCCUGCAGUUCAUACUUGAAGGUAACUUUAUAGAAGAUGGUGAAUUCUCUGAUGUCUUCUUCAAGUGGAAUUCCGGUGGCAUGAAAGUUCUAAUUUGGGUUUCGAAACUCCAGAUCUAUAAUCUGCAAUCAUUUCUCAUUGAAGUUGGCAUAUGAGCUACUAUGAUAUGUUCAUAGAACAAGUCUGAAUAAAUUUCGAAGAUGUAUUUCAAUUGGCG